AUGGCAGAGGCUAUUGUUUCUGUUACAGUGCAGAAGCUAGGGGAGUUGCUUCUGGAGGAUCCCUUGUCCUUGUUUGGUAUAGGUGACCAGGUGAAGCAGCUGCAAGACGAAUUGAAGCGUUUGAAAUGCUUUUUGAAAGAUGCAGAUGAGAAGCAGCAAAAAAGCGAGAGAGUGCGUAAUUGGGUUGCAAGCAUUAGAGAAGCUGCAUAUGAUGCAGAGGAUGUUCUCGAGGCAUUUUACCUCAAGGCAGAAUCAAAGAAAGAAAAAGGGGUUAAAAAGGUGCUUUGGAGGCUUACUCGCAUCUUGAACGAGGUGGUUUCACUUCAUAAUGUUGGCUCUGAGAUCAGAGAUAUCACCUCCAGGCUUUCUAAGAUAGCAGCAAGCAUGCGAGACUAUGGAAUAAAAGAAGCUAUGGAAGGGGAAGGUUUGAGUUUGUCCGAUAGUCACAGAGAACAGAGACAGUCCUUUCCAUAUGUUGUUGAGCAUAAUCUUGUUGGGCUAGAGCAGAGUCUUGAGAAGUUGGUGAAUGGUUUAGUUUCCGGAAAUGAGAAGUUAAGGGUCAUGUCCAUUUGCGGAAUGGGUGGUUUGGGGAAAACAACUUUAGCCAAACAGAUUUUCCAUCAUGGCUUAGUUAGGCGCCAUUUCGAUAGGUUUGCUUGGGUAUAUGUUUCUCAAGAAUGUAGAAGGAGACAUGUUUGGCUAGAGAUUCUUCUGAAUCUCAGCUAUAAAGAUGAGAAUCACAGAAUACUCAGCUUAAGAGACGAACAGCUUGGAGAGGAGUUGCAUCGGUUCUUGAAAAGGAGUAAAUGCCUCGUCGUGCUUGAUGAUAUAUGGGGCUCUGAUGCUUGGGAUUGUCUUAAACACGUCUUUCCACAUGAAACAGGAAGUAACAUAAUACUCACCACGCGUAACAAGGAAGUUGCUUUAUAUGCUGAUCCAAGAGGUGUGCUUCAUGAGCCACAAUUGCUAACGUAUGAAGAGAGUUGGGAGUUGUUGGAGAAAAUUUCAUUAUCUGGAAGAGAGGAUACAGAGCCAGUGUUGGUCAAGAAACUGGAGGAGAUUGGGAAGCAGAUGGCCAUGAGUUGUGGAGGUUUACCUCUAGCUAUAACAGUUCUCGGAGGACUUUUGGCAACGAAAAAUACAUUGAACGAGUGGCAAAGAGUACACGAGAACAUCAAAUCAUAUGUUUCCAAUGGAGGUAGUAGCAGUGGAAGUAAGAGUAUGCUGGUUGCAGAUGUUUUGGCCUUGAGUUAUGAAGACUUGCCUCCUCAUUUAAAGCAAUGCUUCCUCUACUUUGCCCACUAUCCUGAAGAUUAUGAGGUUCAUGUGGGAACAUUGGUUAGUUACUGGAUCGCAGAGGGAAUGGUUAUGCCUGUAAAACAAAUGGAAGCUAGCAUGGCAGUAGAAGAUAUCGGUCAAGAUUAUCUCGAAGAAUUAGUAAAGAGAAGCAUGGUUAUGGUUGGCAAGAUGGACAUUGUAACUUCACAAGUCAUGACAUGCCGUAUGCAUGACCUCAUGAGGGAGGUAUGUUUACAGAAAGCAGAGCAAGAAACGUUUGUGCAAGUUAUCGACUCAAGGGAUCAAGAUGAAGCUGAGGCUUUCCCGUCUCUUUCGACCAAUUCAUCUCGCAGAAUUUCUGUGCAAUUACAUGGUGGUGCAGAGGAGCACCGGAUCGAGAGACUUUCUCAGGUGAACUACAUAAAUACUCGGUCUAGAUCUCUUGUGUAUAUCAUGAAGAAUCAAGGAGGUCAAUGGGCACUUCUGGGAAAGGUUUCCUUCAGAAAAAUGAAACUCCUUAGAGUUCUAGAUCUCGAGGGAGCUCAAAUCGGUGGAGGGAAGUUGCCAGAUGAUGUAGGAGAUCUCAUCCAUUUGAGAAACCUGAGCUUGAGAUUGACAAACGUGAAGGAACUUACAUCAUCCAUUGGAAACUUAAAGUUGAUGAUUACUCUAGACUUGUUCGUGAAGGGGAAACUAUAUAUUCCAAACGUGAUAUGGAAGCUACGGCGGCUUAGACAUCUGUGUAUGCCUGCAGAGCUUGAUCCAAAAACAAAGCUGGACUUGAGUACUCUAAGAAACCUGCAACAACUUUGGGACUUCCCUGUUGGUGGACAAUGCAAUCCGAGGGAUCUUCUGGCAAUGGCGAGUCUUAGAAGAUUGGCCAUCAAUCUUUCUUCGCAGAACACGGACUUCGAGGUUGUGUCUUCUCUAAGUAAAGUCUUGAAACGCCUUCGUGGCUUGACAAUUAACGUUCCUGGUCAACCCAUGCUUCCACCGGUUGACGUAACACAGUUGGUUUCUGCAUUUACUAAUCUUUCUGAGCUGGAACUGUUCCUUCAACUAGAGAAGCUCCCAAGAGAACAGAGUUUCUCCUCUGAUGUCGGUGCCUUACGUUUGUGGCAAUGCGGAUUAAUGGAUGACCCGUUUCUGGUUCUUGAGAAGCUUCCAAACUUGAAGAUUCUACAACUGUUUGAAGGAUCAUUCAUGGGUAGUACACUUUGUUGUUCCAAAGAUGGUUUCCCUCAACUGCAUUCUUUGACAUUGUCACAACUUGAGAACCUAGAGGAAUGGACUGUAGAAGAUGGUGCAAUGAUGCGUCUUGUCUCCAUGGAGUUGAAGUGUUGUAAGAAACUGAAGUCGGUUCCUGAAGGAACAAGAUUCCUGAAAAUCCUACAAGAAGUGGAGAUCGGGAACAUGACAAAGGCAUUCAAAGACAAGUUGGUCUCUGGUGGUGAAGAUUUUUACAAAAUUCAACAUGUACCUUGUGUUGUUUUUGAGUAUUGUGACCUUUAA